AAAAGUUCAAAUUUGAAUUUGUAUGUCCGUUAGUAACCAGUGUUCAGGAUCACUUGACUUUGUUGUGUUUUCCCUAUUAAACGUUAUUGGAUGGUAACGGUAGGAUUUCAAAACGAAUCAACAUGCUUAGAUGAGAAACCGUUUCUUCACAUAUGUUGAUUGUUUACAUGGCUUACGGAAAUAUAUCCAGAGACAUAACAAUAGGGUUUGAACCUGAAAAGCUCCGGAAAGAAAAGGCGGAACUGGCAACAUCCGCUUCAGCGUUCAAAUACAAGAACAGUUAUUCUAGCUCCGGUGACGGUUUAAUUGUUCUUUCGGAUGGCUACACUGCGGGCCUUAGACCACAAGAAGCAUCUACUGGCGCCAGCGUUACAGGACCAAUUCGACGCGCUGAGGCCGAGUGGUAUACUCAACAUUCGGAAUCCCGGAACAACACCAGAUGCAAACAAGAGUAUCUGAAAGAGACAUGUGUAGAUAAUUUACAAAUCGAUACAGAACUGUUCGAUGCAGCGUUGAGAAUUCUUAACAAUGGUGGUAAUGCAAGCCCGACAGUUGACGAUGUAUUGACCUGUAUUGAAGAGAUACAUGCACGUGAAGUAGAAAUUAACAAAGUACCAGAAAGCCCAACAGAGGAGUAUAGGAGAUUAAGUACGAAGGUGAAAUGCCAAAAGUGCAAAGUGAAGGAAAGAAGCGCGCUAUUCAUCCCCUGCGGUCACCUUCAAAUGUGCAUCGAUUGCUCACGGGACGUUACUAGAUGCACAGUCUGCUAUAAGACAGUGAAAGAAAUUGUCAAGACAUUCAUGGGUUGAAACUAAGACUGUAUCUUUCUUUGUUAAUAACAAUAUGGUUAUAUCGCUCUAAAUAAAUAAGAACUAGGCAGCGCAUGUAUCGAGAUACAAUUCUAUGUAAAGACAAUUGUUAUAAUAUUGAAGUGGCUUAACUGCCCAAUGCGUUUGGACGUAAAUCUAUAACAUACCAGUAGAACCUGACGCAUUUGUUUUGUUUAAGUGUGGUUCAACGUAAAUCUAAACAAAAUAUUGUGUCAACGAUUUGUAACUUUAUGUGAAUAUAUUGCCCUUCUCAAACGAAUACUCAAACAAAAACGUGAAAACAAUAUUUGUAGUAAAAAUAGGUGUGAAAAUAGCCUGCGUACUGGCGGAUCAGUACUUAGACUAAUCCUCGUUCGGAACUCAGAAAAACGGAUUUUUAGCGUAUUUAAUGUACAAAUAAAACGCACCAUAAUC